UGCUCUUCGAAUUCUCACAGUAGAGAGAGAGAGAGAGAGAGAGAGUGUGUGUGUGUGUUUUGAUGGAAUCAAUUUCGCCGCCGCCGCUCGGCGCAAACUUCGUUGCUUUAUCAUCGGUGAAGAGACCUGCUUGCACUGUCGGGUUUUCUGGUUCAGUCGCUCCAAGAUUGAGGAAUUUUGAGAGAAUUUGCAAGAGCAAUCGUGUUUUUUCGGAGACGAAAAAUCCGGAGAUAGAUUUCAGUGAUCCUGAUUGGAAGACUAAGUUUCAGGCGGAUUUCGAGAGGCGAUUCAACAUUCCUCAUCUUACUGACAUCUUUGACGACCUUGUUCCUAUUCCGUCUACUUUUUGUCUAAAAAGCAGGACUCCAGUGAGUGAGGAUUUCUCAGGUAGCUAUCCAUCAGAUGAGAAAUGGCAUGGAUACAUUAACAAUAAUGAUAGAGUGCUUCUUAAGACCAUACACUAUUCAUCACCUACAUCUGCUGGCGCUGAAUGCAUCGAUUCUAAUUGUACCUGGGUGGAGCAGUGGGUUCACCGUGCGGGACCACGUGAGAAAAUUUACUUCAAACCAGAAGAUGUGAAGGCAGCAAUUGUAACUUGUGGUGGGCUUUGUCCUGGUCUUAAUGAUGUUAUCAGACAGAUCGUUAUCACACUCGAAAUCUAUGGUGUGAAAAAGAUUAUUGGGAUCCCUUUUGGUUAUCGUGGCUUUUUCAAUGAGGGAAUACGUGAAAUGCAGCUAUCUCGUAAGGUUGUUCAAAAUAUUCACCUUGCUGGUGGAAGUUUAUUAGGAGUUUCUCGUGGUGGUCCGAAUGUCAGUGACAUUGUCAGCAAUAUGGAGGAAAGAGGAAUCAACAUGCUCUUUGUCUUGGGUGGAAAUGGUACUCAUGCUGGUGCUAACGCAAUACACAAUGAGUGUCAUAAGAGACGGAUGAGGGUAGCUGUUGUUGGUGUCCCGAAAACUAUUGACAAUGAUAUUCUUUUGAUGGACAAGACCUUUGGUUUUGAUACUGCUGUUGAAGAAGCACAACGGGCAAUAAAUUCUGCGUAUAUUGAGGCACAUAGUGCUUACCGUGGUAUUGGCAUCGUAAAAUUGAUGGGCCGAAGUAGUGGAUUUAUAGCUAUGCAUGCAUCCCUAGCUAGUGGACAAGUUGAUCUAUGCUUGAUACCGGAGGUACCUUUUCGUUUACAUGGUCCUCAUGGUGUUUUGAAUCAUCUAAAGUAUCUCCUUGAGACAAAGGGAUCAGCUGUAGUCUGUGUAGCUGAGGGAGCUGGACAGAAUUUUCUUGAGAAGACUAAUGCUACAGAUCCAUCUGGAAAUAUUAUACUUGGUGAUAUUGGCGUCCAUAUUCAACAAGAGUCGAAGAAGUAUUUUAAGGAGAUUGGUCUUCCAGCUGAUGUGAAGUAUAUUGACCCCACAUACAUGAUCCGUGCAUGUCGAGCAAAUGCUGCUGAUGGAAUUCUGUGUGCUGUUCUAGGUCAAAACGCUGUUCAUGGAGCGUUUGCUGGAUAUGGUGGCAUUACAGUGGGCAUCUGCAAUACUCAUUAUGUCUACCUUCCAAUUCCUGAAGUCAUUUCUCACCCCAGGAAUGUGGACCCUAACAGUCGGAUGUGGCAUCGUUGCUUGACUUCAACAGGUCAGCCAGAUUUUGUCUGAACUAUCGAUCUCACAAGUUCUCUUACCCAUUUAUCACGGGCGUGCAUCAAGCUUAUAUACUUCCAGAUGUGUAUAUUAAAGAACAAGAAGCCACCUUUAUUCCUUCAGAAGGGUCAUGGAAAUUAUUACCACAGGAAAUCAGUGGUAGCAUGAUGUGCAAUGACUCAGGUGACGGAUUCC